AAGAUAUCAACUGCAAAGGAGCACAAACCGAGGGAACGAGAGAGGGAGGGGGGACACAGCGCGCCAACAGCGCAGCCAACCAGAAGCACACCUAAGAGCGUCCUCUGCGUCAAACCGUGAACCCACUCAAGAGCCAUCUACUUGAGACUCAGGAGAGCGCCAGCCAAUAAGAAAGCGGGUGUUUGCUCUUGGGCGGGAUUCCUUUUCCAGAGGAGACGAGUCACAAGAGCAGAGCGUCCCUUCUAAAAUCGUGCAGGCGGGGAAGUAAAUGUGAUCUGUUUCCGCGUAGUAUUCAUCCGGGGUUACAAGAGGUACUUUGCUUCCGUAUUUGUUGACGUUGGUAAUACCGCCAGAAGUUUAUUAUAAACAAAAGAAUGCUUGCUUUGCCUGUCAGGAUUUCGAUCAGGUGCAUUGUGCUACCUCCUUCGGACCAUUUUGCUGACGGCGACGGUUUCUGACCGUAAGUUUAUCGAGUGGUUUGACCUCAGGUACUUUCGACUUGUGUCUCAUUCGGCCCCCGUAGCGCGCGUGCGCACAAGAGCAAUACGAGAGCUUUUCGUUCUUAAUCUGUGGCGGCAGCAAACUCAGCAGAGGCGCUCAUGAUCCGUCGGGGAAUUUCUUGUUCGGGUUCCCUGUGCCUGUGGCUUGAGCACCUCCUUUGUCCGUCGAUUGCAGUUGAAGAUAUUUAUUUCUAUUUUAUCAAAAGAUAAACCUGCUCAUUUCUGCAGAUUAAAUUUCUGUAAAAGGCACAAGAGCAGUCUUGGCUUGUCUCUCUCGAGCACGUGGAACUGUGAUCUCUGUCCACAGUCUUGGAGAGGAAAGAAUAAAUCUUUUAAUUUAUGGCUGCAUCAAGACAAAUGGCUGCUUUCCGUCUCCCUCCUCUUCCAACAAUUGGAGAGAUUAUUAAAUUGUUCAAGCUUCGAGCUUUAAAACAGCUAUCUCAGAACUUUCUUCUGGACCUUAGACUUGCGGAUAAGAUAGUGAGAAGUGCUGGCAGUCUGAAAGAUGCCUAUGUAUGUGAGAUAGGUCCUGGUCCAGGAUCAAUUACAAGACCCAUCUUGAAUGCUGGUGUUGCAGAACUCCUGUUAGUUGAAAAAGAUCCCCGCUUUAUUCCAGGGCUGCAGAUGCUCUCUGAAGCAGCUCCAGGAAAAGUUCAUAUUGUUCAUGGGGACAUUUUGACAUAUAAGUUGGAGAAAGCUUUUCCACAGCAUCUUAAGAAGAAAUGGGAAGAUGAUCCUCCCAAUAUACAUAUUAUUGGAAAUCUACCUUUUAGUGUUUCAACCCCACUAAUAAUCAAGUGGCUUGAGAAUAUAUCUGAAAGGAAUGGUCCAUUUAGUUAUGGUAGGACACAGAUGACUCUAACAUUUCAGAAAGAAGUAGGGGAGAGGCUGACCGCUUGUACGGGAUCCAGGCAGCGUAGCAGACUUUCUAUUAUGUCUCAGUAUCUGUGCACUGUUCACAAUUGUUUUACAAUUCCGGGCCAAGCUUUUGUCCCCAAGCCCGAGGUGGAUGUGACUAUCAUUCAUUUUACACCGUUGGUGCAACCAAAGAUACAACAGCCCUUUAAGCUGGUGGAGAAAGUUGUUCGAAGUGUUUUUCAGUUCAGAAGAAAAUAUUGUCAUCAUGGAAUACGAAUCUUGUUUCCCGAAGCUGAACGUUUGAAAAAAGCUGAACAGAUGCUCAUGUUAGCCGAUGUUGACCCAACUCUGCGCCCAACUCAGCUUUCUAUGUUUAACUUUAAAAACCUUUGUGAUGUAUACAGAAAAAUGUGUGAUGAAGAUCCAAAGCUGUUUGCUUACAACUACCGGGAAGAACUGAGAGAGAAAAAAAUGAGGAAAAGGAACUUGAAAAGGACUGAGGAUGACAGAUUGCUUUAGUUAACUUUUAAAUGUUACCUAAACAAAAAGAAUGUAUAUCUAUCAGUGGAGUGAAGUAUUCAGCAAGUGUGCAUAUUUCCGUAUCUUCUGAGAGCAAAGCAUAUCUGAAAUCAAUGUGAGGGCAACAGAAGAUGAGCAUCAGGAUUUCAGAAUAAAUGUUUUCCCCUUAUUGUGGAACACUCCACCUACAGUGACAAUUCAACAGCAUAAACAAUUAUCAAAUGAUUGAAUGCUCAUAUGUUGAACUCAAUACUUCAGAGAAGAAGGCAAAACACAAUGAACAUGCUACUGAAUUGAACGUUUUACUGUACAGGCUUGUAGAGAAAAUAAAAAAUACAAUAAAAUAAGAUUACAGUACAGACUUUUGUAUUUACAUAUAUAUAUAUAAAAAUAAAGUAUAAACAACACCUUG